AUAAAGCCGGUAAUUUGAGGUUAUGUAUAUACAUGUAAAGAAUUUAUUUAGAUUAUAAAAAAAAAUUAGAAAUUUAUAUCAAGAUGAGCACUCAAUCUUCACAGAAUGGUAAUGUUAGCGAAAGUACUGAAGCUGAAAAUAGAUUAAUAGAAUUAGCAAAAUCUAAUUCAGAAGGUAUUUCAAAUGAUGACAUAACAAAGCAUAUGCCUGAUGUACCCCUUACAGAAAUAACAACUAUUAUUAAUAAAUGUUUAAAAAAUGGCACAUUUGAUUUGUUUAAAACCAAAGAUAACCUCUUAUACAAAUACAAGGAUCCAUCUAAGAAAACAAAUAUUAAAGGAGCAGAUAGUGAGGAGAAAGUGGUAUAUAAAAUAAUAGAAGAAGCAGGAAACAAGGGCAUAUGGAUAAGAGAUAUCAGAUUUAGUUCAAAUUUAAAUAUGACACAGCUUAACAAAGUAUUGAAAAGUUUAGAAACCAAGAAACUGAUAAAAGCUGUAAAAUCAGUGUCUGCCAGUAAAAAGAAAGUUUAUAUGCUGUAUGAUUUAGAACCAGACAGGACAGUAACAGGAGGGGCUUGGUAUCAAGAUCAAGAUUUUGAAUCAGAAUUUGUUGAUGUGUUAAGCCAACAAUGUCAUAGAUUUUUAGUAGAAAAGUGGGAAGAAGCUAAUAAAAAAGCUGGUGGUCCCCUUUUAGUAAGAAACAGAAGUUAUGCCACAGCUAGUGAUGUCCACAAAUUUAUUUCUGAACUGGGUAUCAGUAAAGUUUCUCUAACAGUAGAUGAUAUAGAAAGCAUUUUAUAUACAGUAGUCUUGGAUAACAAUGCUGAACGGAUUCUAGCAGCAAAUGGUUCUUACUUAUAUAAAGCUGUAAAUAGGUUUUUGCCAACACCAGGGCUAGUAAAGAUAACAUGUGGGAUGUGUCCUGUGGCUAAUAGAUGUGCAGAUACAGGACUUAUUAAUCCGAAAGCCUGUAACUAUUUUACAGAAUGGUUGAAUCAAUAAAUACACACAUGUUU